GCGGGCUAGUUAAUUCCAUAUCAAGACUUUCUCUUCUCUGUAUCUCCUUAAAAAAUACCUUGUUAUUCGAAAUUCACCUCUGACACUCUCAACAUGUGUAAACUUUACCUCUCACUUAUUUUCUGCUUCGCGUUGGUCAACCAUUUAAACUGUCAAGCUAAAUUACACGUGGAGGUUUUAUAUGAAUCUUUAUGUCCGGACAGUCUGAGCUUUAUUACGCAACAGCUCCAUCCAGUUUUUAAGGAAUUAGCGCCUUACGUCGACCUGAAAUUGACACCCUUUGGUAAAAGUGCCAGUUUAGAAAAUGGGGCUCAUUUCGUCUGCCAACAUGGUCCUCAAGAGUGCAAAGGUAACAAAAUCCAGUCCUGCGUGCUUAACACAAUCCCGGACCAAAGCGUCCAAGUUGAUUAUGUUAACUGCUUUAUGAAGACUUUUAGAAAAGAACAGAGAAACGAGCAAGAAUUCGGUCAAACGUGUGCUGAGGCUGCAGGCGUUGAUUUUAACCAAAUCUCGGAGUGUUAUUCUUCAGCUCUUGGGACACGACUUCAGCUUUUGGCGGAAGAAGUGACGGCUAAAGUGUCGCCCAAAUUUGUCCCUACCAUUUUAUAUAACGGCCAAUUUAAUCAAGAUCUUCAAGAUGCAAGCCUUGUUGACUUUAGAAGAGUUGUGUGCACUUUAAUAUCAAGCGCUUAUCCAGAGGCUUGCCAGGGUCCAGCGAUUAUUAGACUUUAAGUUAGAAGAAAUGCCUUAAAAUAUUAAUUUAAUUUUGUUUCUUAAUAAAUAAGUCACAAAUUAAUAUGGAUGGUAACCAGAAUGUAUUCUUAUAAACUUUGCUGCCAAUAAAAGAAUCAAACAUG